UAGCAUUAGAGACUAUUUGUAUAUAUGCAGAAUGUAUAUUUCAAUGAUUAGGCAGUAAAAAGACUUCUAACUCAGAGAUCUUCUAAUCUUCUUCUACUUCUACUUCUAAAUUAUAUCAAUAUUCAUGCAAAUAUAUAGACAUAGACAGAAGACGUUUAAUACUUGAUGGCCCAUUUCCUAUUUAGAUCAAUUAUUUUGAACUGAGUCAACCGACACCUAAUCUAAGUGAAUGUAUAUGGUCCCAAAUGGAAAAUAAUACCACUAUAAAAUCACAAUCACAUUUUCCAUGUUUAACCAAAUUGGCCUAGCACUAGCAGGAAGUAAAUUCUUACCUAUUCAUUAUUAUUAUAUAAAGAAAAUAUUAGCUUAUGACCGAAUACACAAUCUUCAAAUGGAUUCUAACAUUGGUGAAAAGAAAUCCAAUGACUACUUCCCCUUCUUCAAAAUAGCCGAUGAUGGCACGAUAGAACGAUACCUUCCAACCGAAAAAAUCCCACCUUUCGAUGAUCCUCACACCGGUGUUAAGUCCAAAGAUGUCCUCAUCUCUUCCCAACCUACGCUCUUUGCUCGUAUUUUCAUACCCGAAAUCCACGCAUUGAUCGCCAAGCUCCCGAUCCUCCUCUAUUUCCAUGGAGGUGGAUUCUCAACAAAAUCAGCUUGCGACGCACUCUACCAUAACUACAUUGCUUCUCUAGUCAAAGCGGCUCAUGUCAUAGCCGUCUCCGUGGACUACAGGCUAGCCCCGGAGGAUCCGAUACCUGCAUGCUACGACGAUUCUUGGACUGCCUUCCAAUGGCUCGCUUCCCAUGCAAAUGGCAGUGGCCAAGAAACUUGGUUAAACACUCAUGGAGAUUUCGGGCAGGUUUUCAUAGGAGGCGAUAGCGCGGGAGCAAACAUAUCAUAUAAUCUAGCAGUUAGGGUUGGAUCAUCAUCAUCAUUGUCGACAUUGGAGAUACAAGGUAUGAUUAUGGUGCACCCUUACUUAAUGGGUACAAUAUAUGAUAGAGUGUGGCUCUACCUGUGCCCUAAAAAUGAAGGGGUGAAGGAUGCUAGAAUGGAGCCAAGAAUGGAGGAUAUGAGGAGCAUUGCGUGUAAGAGAGUGAUAGUGAGUGUGGCCGGUAAAGAUCCAUUGAGAGACACUGGAUUAUCUUUCUAUAAUAAAUUGAAGAACAGCGGAUGGAAGGGAAAUGUAAGGCUGGUGAUGACUGAAGGGUUAGGCCACGUGUUUCACUUGUUCAAGCCUAAAUCUGAUCAAUCUCUGCUUCUUAUGAAACAUUUGGUUUCAUUCAUUCAUAACCAACAACAACAUGAUCAGCUUUUCAGAUGCAGACUCUGAUAUUAUCAUCAUCAUAUAUAGCUAACUCAAUUAUGAGGUUUCAUUCGGUACUUAUAUAUUUCACAUUUUCCUUAUAUCUUUUUAAUAUAUAUAAUUUUACAUCA